GUGCAAGUGUGAUAUCGAACUUUUUCAGCGUAGCAACUCUGAUUAUGGCUUCUGUCCGAGUCCGAGCUGUCACCGACCAAAUACUUUUACAAACUGGUGUAAGCAUUGUAAUGCUAAAAGAUUUCGACAAAACUUUAAUCGAUGGACAAGUGAUAAUUCAGCUAUUGACAAAUUUAUUCGUAAAGCUCAACUUUCAGCUAUGAGUCCAUGGGAAUUAUUGGAAUGGAUUCCUUACUCACGUCUUGAAAAAAUUACCUACGUGGCAAAGGGAGGGUUUAGUACUAUAUAUAAGGCUAUCUGGAUAGAUGGAUAUAUCCGUCAAUGGGACUUUGAAAAAGAUGAUUGGCUUAGGAAACAACUUUUGAUCCGAGAUUGGUCUUAUAUUUAUGAUGAAAUGUCACCAACCAAUGGUUCAACUAUUGGAAGGAUGGUUGUACUUAAAAUUCAAGAAUCCUCAAGCGAAGAAGCUUUUCUAAAUGAAUUGAAAUACCAUUUACAAUCAUUUAAAGCUGCAAGAAAAAUCGGAUCAAUGUUAUUCCCAUUAUUGGGAUGCUAUGCUUCGUUAAUAAAAAGAUGUUGGGAUGUAGACCCGCUUCGGAGACCAACCGCUAAUGAAAUAAGAAACAUUAUUGGUGACUGGUUAAAAUAUUUUAAUUUAAAAAAUUUCAAUGAUAUCGAAAUUAACGAAUUCUUGCAAGCUGACAAAAAGCUGCAAGAAUAUGAUUCAAUGUCCCGGCAAAUAUCAAGAAGUCAAUUACAUUCUGAAGCAUUUUAUACUAGCAGGUUACUCAACUUUUUGUCGCUCGAUAAUCUUUAUAAAUACGAAAGUAAAAUUAAAAGAAAUCAUAGUUUGACCUUUCUUAAUGAAAAUUCAGAAUUACUCAUGGCCAGCAAGGAAAUUGAAUUUACUCCGAUGUGA